GCCCUGGAGGACAGAGGGGGGACAGGGAGGGGUCAGCGCACAGCCUCACAGACUCGGAGGCAAAGCUGCCACCAAAAGUCAAGGAAGGAGGACGUCCAGGAAGGGAAGGACCCCAGAACAUCCCACAGUUCCAACUGACCCUUGUUCUUUCCAAGCAAGCAGGCCUCUGGCCCCUGGCCAGGUUCUCUGCUGGCUCCCCUUCAGCCCAUCUCAGUCAGCUGUCACCCCGGACUCACCUCCUCUUUCCCAGGCCCUUCACAUCUACAGUCAGCUCCGGUCUUUUCCCGGUUAAUCACUUCCUCACCCUCUAGCCAGGCCCUUGACUCUUUUCAUUUCCUCCACCCCAUGGCUUCUGCUUCUCACAGGCUUCCGGUGAAGGGGAGUUGUCAGAGGCAUACAACCACACCCUUCUCUGCCAGGUGGAGGUGAGAACAAGGCCCCCUCCCAGCUGCUCACCCUUCCCGUGGUCUGGCUUCUGCUGAGGAUGCUGAGGGAGCCCUACCCUAGACACGGCCUCGCUCAGCCUCACCCCAGAGGCCAAGAGAAACAAGCAAGAGCCUGGCUUGCCUCUAAAAAUACACACCAGGGCUCCUGGAGGGCAGGGCCCUGUGGCUCUUUCUUUUAUGAACUUGUCAGCACAGUGUCAGGGAUUAAAGGGUGUGAUAUUUUAAUAAUCAAAAGAAUAAUAAACAACCACCUGAGUGGGCCAAGGCUGUGGAGUGGAGGCAGCUCUACCAGACAGCCCUGAGCCAGCAACCCCACACCCUGAUAAGGUUGGCAGUGAGACUUAAAUCACUUCCUCCCUCAGUGCAGAUGAAGCUGUUUGAAGUCCAGCGGAACUGGCACAGGAGCGAGCCAGGCCAGGGGGCUGCACAGCAGAGAGCUGCUAAGUCCUGUUUCUGUACCUCCGGCCAGUGCACACUUGUGGAAUAAGCCAGGAAAAAAGUCUGGUGGUCAGUGACCCGAGGAACAAGAAGGGAGUGGCUAGGGUUAGGAUGCCAGGCCUUGGCCAACUGGUUUGGACUCAGGGGUGUACGGAACCAGGAAGUGUUACUCAACUCAGAUCCCCCUGCUUCUCCUAUCAGCCCCACCCCUCCUCCUCUCUCCAGGGCUGGAGAGUUGCCCUCCCAGCCAGGCCUACGUCCUAGGCUUGACCCAGCCCCUUCCCCAGAGAGGGUCCCCAAAUGAGGCCCAGGCAGCCUGAUGGGAAGAACUGGAGGUAGUAGGACCUUGGCCCACAAUUGUCCUCUCCCGCCCUGAGGCCAUCCAGAAUAAAUGGAGGAAGGAUGAGGAAAUGGAACAGCCAGACUUGGUGUCAGGUCAAGGGGAGGGCAGUUCUCCCCUCUCCAAGGUAAUUCUGCUCUGCUGAGAAAACCUAAAGUCACCCUUGGCAUGCCCCAAGCCCAGCCCUGGGAGGAGCCAGCCCUUUAUAGGCCUCCUUCCCCAUCCCUGUGGGCUCUGCUAAUGAGGGCCUGUCACCGGGUCCCAGGGCUGAGUCACCCACACCAGCAACAGGUCUCUCUCUUCCUUCCCCAACAAUCAUUCCACACACCUGCCUUUCAAUUAACCCCACCUCCCCGAGCCCCACCCCAGACUCCUGGGGGCUGGGGGACCAGGCCUGCCUGCAAGGGCCUAGGGCACAGGGGCUGCGAGGCAAGAGGUAGCUGGUGACACACAAGCUGCCCCUACAGGAGUCCCCAGAGGAAUCUUACGCUCCCCAGUGCCCUGGGGUGUUGGCCGCGCUGCCCCAGUCCCUGCCUGCGGAUGCUGCAAUUACCUCAGAGCGUGAAACCGGGCUUCCCACCUGACUGAGUCAGCUGAAGACAACAACAUAUCUCCAGCGCACACUAGCACACAGCCAAGCCACUAGUCAGAGGCCAGGAGCCAUGGCAGAGAGGCAAGCCCUGCGCUGGGGAAGGAGAAAAAUCCACCUCUGACUGCGGGAGAGCUGCCCUCACUCAGGCUCCGUAAGUGCUCUUCCCUCCUCUCAGGGUUUUUCCACUGCCCUGUCAAGUAUCCAGGUCACUCCAGUCCCUCUGGGAAACUCCCACCAGGAACUCCCAGUUCCCUGCUGUCCCGGACAAGAUCACCCACUUCCGCGGACCUCUGCUCACCAUCCAGGACACUUGUGCUGAACAGAAAGCUGGAGGCCUCUGCUUCUCACCAUUCACUGCUCCAGCGGACCCGAUGGUCCCCAGCUGCCCUUGAACCAGGCUUCUGAGGUACCAGGCUAGUCUGCUGGCUCCCUAGGGCCCCAUGGAGACCUGGCGGAAAGGCUCCUUCCGCAGCGCCUCCUUCUUCAAGAGGCUGAGUCUGGGGCGGCCGCGGCGACUGCGGCGACAAGGCAGCGUGCUCAGCCAGGCCAGCACAGCCGGUGGGGACCACGAGGAGUAUAGCAACCGAGAGGUCAUCAGGGAGCUGAGAGGGAGACCUGAUGGGCGGCGCCUGCCACUGUGGGGGGACGAGCAGCCCCGGGUGACCCUGCUGGCCCCGCCCAAGCCCCCGCGCCUCUACCGAGAAAGCUCCAGCUGCCCCAACAUCCUGGAACCCCCGUCGCCCUACACUGCUGCCUACUCAGCGACCCUGCCCUCUGCGCUCUCCCUGGCGGAAGCCCUUCACCAAUACACAGAGGAGGAGCUUCUGGACACGCCCCCCUGCCAGAGGACACCUGCUCCGGACCUCAGUGAUCCCUUCUUCUCCUUCCAAGUGGACCUGGGGAUUUCACUCCUUGAGGAAGUUCUACAGAUGCUGAGGGAGCAAUUUCCCAGUGAGUCCAGCUUCUGAAUGGGGGGCAGGUGGGCAGAGGUGGGGCAACGGGAAGAGCCUGAAGCCUGGGGAUCCAGAGAGGGAGGGGACAGUCGUGGAUUAAGAAAAAGGUAGGGAUAGGAAUCCUGCUUGCCCUCUGGGUCCUGAACAGUCCUCUGAGUCACGCCUGAGUGGAGGGACAGAGGUGCAGAGGCUAGUUGCAGAUGUGCGGGGGGUGGGCACCUGCUGGCAGGAGCCCUGAAAGCAGAGAGCUGGGUUGGAAAAGGGAGGCCACAUGGCCACCAGAGGGACCAAGGCCAGCAGGGGGAGGGCGGCAUAAGGCAUGGUCAGGGAAUGGAGGACACAAAGACCAGGCACAACAGCUCCCUCUGAUGCCACUGCCAACAGAGAGAGGUUACAAACAGGCCUGGGCAAAAAGUGUUCCAAUCCAGGCUGGAGAGGAAAGAUCUCAGGAGAGAGAGAUGAGCCAGGCCCAACCUUGUCCAACAUGGUAGCCACUAGCUACAUGUCUCCGUUUAGCCAUAUAUGAUUAACAGCUACCACACUGAAUGGCACAGAAUGAGCGUUAACACUGUUGGAGAAAGUUCUGUUGGGCAGCGCUGGCCUAGACUAUGGCCUGGGGCCUGGUGGGUUAGGGGAAGCAUGUGGGGCCUGUGAGGGAAGGGAGGGGCUGGCACAGUUGGAAGUGAGGCAGGAAGAGAUGGAGAGUAACUCAGGAAAAAGGCCCAACAAAUGACUAGCAGAGAAGGGGGCAUGAGAAACUCAAAGUGCCAACACAGCUGCCUGGAGCACCCCCUGGAGCCCAAGGACGCUGGCUCUAGGGAAUGCCAGCUUAUGAAGGGGGCUUUGGGGAACUCCCAGAAUUAUGAGUGAGGGGGGUCCCCGGGAAAGGCAGCAAAAAUGGUGGCAGGUUUCCCUCCUUCCUGUGUCUAAGAGGCUAUCAGAGGACUGGAUUGGGAAUGGACUCAAAGCUCCUGGCUAUUAUGGUGAAGAGGCACAGCUGGUCUCCAGAAUCCUCACCAGGACUGAGAAGCUCUGCUCUGCUCACAACCUCUGAUGACAGGGGCUAUGGUCCCACCCUGAGGCCUGGAAAGAAGAUCUGGAGCCAGAGCCAAACUGGCUGCAUGUGGUUCUUUCACUCAGGCCUUUGCAGGCAUGGCAGAAGGAGAGGGAGGCCUGGAUGCACACUGCCUCCACGACCCAAACCUGUGGCCUUCCCUCGUCCUGUGUGGAUGUGCUGAGCUGAAUGGCUCCCCCAUGGGCACAGGAGAUGAUGAAUAAAGUUCUGUAUAACACA